AGUGCUUCACGAAGGAUAUCAGAUGUAAAAUUUAAUAUUCAAGUCGCUCUUUUACAAGCCGCUCUAUCGCCUUGUAUGCAGCAGUAACACGCAAACGGUCCCUGUUGUGCUCCGGGCAUAUUCCUGAUGCUGUUCUCGCCCCCAUAAACCAGUCACAGGCGCCAAUGCCUGCCCCGAACAAGAGUGGAAGAAGAACAGCAGAGGCGACAGACCUCGGAAUCACCAUGGGCGUAUCUUCCAUCUUCCGCAAUGUCUAUGACCUCGACACCCUCGACACUCGCUUCACCGUCUCGUCCAACACUCCCUACAAAACCGUCAUAGACGCCCGAAACGAUGCGACCGCUGCAAGCAGGGAACGCGCUGCCAAGUGGAACAGCCGGCUGUCGUCGCAGUCAAAAUCGAGGUGGAACACACCCGAAUUUUACCUGUACUAUCUCGUCUUCAUCUUAGCGAUACCUUACAUGUUCUGGAGUGCCUAUGAUGCUUCAAAACCUACACAUCCCAACUACAGAAACUACGAGCGCUACCUCUCGCCGGGCUGGAUUCCUGGCCGCAGAAUCGACGUCACUGAUUCGCAAUACCGCGCCUUUCGCAGCAACAUUCCUUACCUCGCCGCGCUUGUCGUACUCCACCCCCUUCUCCGGCGGCUGUAUAAUAUGGUGGUCUACCGCGCCCAAUCGGGUGGCCAGGCGUCGCGGCCGACGUUAGAAGAGGCAGACCAGAGGUUGAACCAACGAGCCUCCUUCGAUUUUGGCUUCGCUAUGAUAUACCUAGUUGCUCUACACGGAGUCUCGAUCGUCAAGGUCCUCGCCAUUCUGUACCUGAAUUACCAGGUCGCUACCACAGUGCCCCGGAAAUCGAUUCCUGCUGCGACGUGGGCGUUCAACAUCGGCACCUUGUUCGCGAACGAGCUCGGUAACGGCUACAAGUUCCGGGACAUCGCUUCACUUCUUUGGGGGUUUCUCUCGGGUGGAUUGAUAGACGAUUCGAACAGCAGUCUCGUGCAUUGGGGCGCAUGGAUCGACAGUUACGGCGGACUCAUGGGUAGGUGGGAGAUCCUCUUCAACAUUACCGUUCUGCGCCUCAUCAGCUUCAACUUGGACUACUACUGGAGCUUAGACAGGAGAAGCGCUAGCCCUGUAGAGAAGCAGCUCGAUCCCUCUUCAUUAAGCGAACGAGACCGCGUCUCAACCCCAGCGCAAUCCAAGGAUUUCUCCUUCCGCAACUACGUCGCCUACGCCAUUUACGCCCCGCUGUAUCUCACGGGCCCCAUCAUCACGUUCAACGACUACAUCUCGCAGCUCCGCUACAAACCCGCGAGCCUCGAGACCUCGCGCACCAUCCGCUACGCCAUCCGCUUCGCCUUCGCGCUGCUAUCCAUGGAAGUCAUCCUGCACUACGACUACGUGCAAGCCAUUGCCAAGGUCUCCCCGCGCUGGGCCGAGUACACGGCCGCGCAGCUGUGUCUCCUGAGUUACUUCAACCUGCAUCUCAUCUGGCUCAAGCUCCUUCUGCCGUGGCGUUUCUUCCGCCUUUGGUCUCUCGUCGACGGCGUCGACCCGCCCGAGAACAUCAUCCGCUGCGUCAGCAAUAAUUGGAGCACCCUCGCCUUCUGGCGCUCCUGGCACCGCUCCUUCUACCGCUGGUCCCUGCGCUACAUCUACCUCCCGCUCGGGGGCUCCUCCUUCUCCACGGCCCGCGACGCCGCGCGCUCCGUGCUCACCUACGUCCUCGUCUUCACCUUCGUCGCCCUCUGGCACGACAUCCAGCUCAAAUUACUCAUAUGGGGCUGGCUCGUCGUCUUCUUCAUGUUGCCGGAAAUGGCCGCCGGCUCGCUCUUCCCGAAAAGGAGGUGGGAGCGCCAUCCUACGGGUUACCGUAUGCUGUGCUGCGCUGGCGCUGUCGCGAAUAUCCUUAUGAUGAUGACGGCGAACCUGGUCGGCUUUGCGUUUGGUGUUGAUGGGCUGCGGUCCAUUCUGGCAGGUAUUUUUCAGCAUUUUACUGGCUAUGUCUUCCUCGCUAUAGCGUGUACGGUGCUCUUUGUCGGCGUACAGGCCAUGUUUGAGAUCAGAGAAUCGGAGAUGAGGCGCGGGAUUAACUUGAAAUGUUGAUUGUGACGCUUUUCAAGCGUGUGGUCUGGCUAGAUGGCGCUCGGAAUGCAAGGAAGACGUUUAUUUGUGGUGUGGGUAUUAUGUAUGUAUGUGUGUACGUACAUUUGUAGACUUUAUCCUAGACUUUAUAUAAAAGUUGAGAAUGCAUGAAAACAUGAGUAUGA